CGACCAUUCUUUGCAAUGAGCCAAUUUUUAGAAUUGUUUGUAACUAUAUAUUCUUCUGAAAGUAUCUUGGCUCUUGCAGCCUGAGCGGCUUCGUCUUCGUGCGACGUCGGCUUCCGCUCAUAUUUCUUCUUUACUCCUCGCACUCCCCUCUAAUACUCCAUAUCCUUCAUUGAGUCAGUCGCAAUGGUAGACUGGCUAAGCUUGAUCAUUCCCUUUGCCUACCUUGGCGUCCUUAUCGGUUCAUUAGCGACCUUUUCAUCCCUAUACCGCAAGAGAAAGGCCGCCAAGUCUGCAUCCCUCAAACCGUGGUUCCCUUCGCAUGUCCAGCGAGAUGUCUACCUCUCACUCCUACACAUGGACUCUCCCUCCGAUGCGAAAGAGAAGAAGAAGCCCGCUGUUCCCGAAACAGUAUUAAAAGCCGCUCUCCUUCGUCGUGCUGCAGAAGACCUUAAACGCCUCUUGCAGCUUAGAAAUCAGAAACCUGCACUCGGCGCGCUCCUCCAGAAGGGCAGUGUCGGCGAUGAUUUGUGGCAACAAUUUUUGAGGGCUGAAAAGGAGCUCGAGGAGGAGUUUAGAGAUGUUGUCGCCGAGGCCAACGCCUUCGUACCAGGCUGGGGUCAGACAAUUUUCCAGUCUGCCAACGAGAUGACCUUGAACACAAUAUUCCGACAAAGAGUUGACGAAAUUCAAGCUACGGCAAAACAAGAAUGCGAAUGGUGGGAGCGCAAAAGAGCGAGCAUACAGCAAGGCUUCAUGAAAGAGUUAGAGCAGGAAGAGCAACAGUCUACAGCUGGAUCAGCUGGGAAGGAUAAUAAACCGGCUAGUUCCGCUUCUGGCUCAGUGGUGGGCGAUAAACUUAUUAGUGAUGAUGAUACAGUGUUGGUAGAGGGCGGUGGUCCAGCUAUGAAUCCUGGCGGUGGCGGUGGAAAGAAGAAGAAGAAAGGAAAGAAAUAAAUACAUCUGUUUCUGUACUAUUCAUCCUCGAAGAGGCCCUUGUCUUUCUAUGUGCUAAAAUAGCAGAAGUCGCCUUGGGUAGACGUGUAUUGGCCCUUUGUGUAAAAGUUCGGCGCAUUAGCUGGAACUUGAGUGCUUGAGAUGAAGAGAGUAAAUGCUUGCCUGAUUCAAAAUUAUUUUCUAUAAUAUACAUCGCCGUGCCCUACCUUCCAAUAGGCCCCGGCUUCCCCAAGAGAGGACUACCAAAGUGAAAAUGCCCGCUAUGAUACAUUGUAAAUCCUUUUUUUUCCCCCAUGCCAUUGUAAAACGCCCGGUCCCGCAAAACAAGUCAAUACGAAAAACUCAUGAAUCAAAUGGCGUGGGAGAUCACAGCUCUAGGUCCGGAUCCACACCUAGAUCGAGCUCCCCCACCGCCAUCUCAUCUGCUGCUGCACGAAUACUCUUUUCCACCUUUCCAGAGUCUCCCUGUAUUCGACGCAUGACCAGGCGUAACAGAUCGCACAUCAAGUCAACUUGGAACGCCUUCUGCUCUUCCUCGUCUAACUCAUCGGGGUUGAUUCCCUGUCGAGAUAGCUGCGCCACCUUCCAAUCUUUCAUUGCAGCUAAAAGAUUCGAAAUAUUCUCGAAGUUCUCCUUCGAACGAGGUGUUGAUGCAAUACGCCUGCGGCGGGGUUUAGGAAUGCCCGGAGGAGUAGGUGCCAGGCGCACGAGAAGGAACGUAAGGAUGCGGGUUGUAUCGACGUCCGGGAAGAAGCCAAAAAUUUGUUUCAUGGAUCGAAUAGCCACCAGGGCCCCUUGCGGGUCAAGGGAUAAACAGAAGCAUCGCGUAAUCUGAUCAUAUAGCGCUUUCGAGAACUCCUCUUUUGUGGUCUUUUGCUGGUGUGGAGUGAGGCUCCUGAACCAUUGCAUAGUUUCCUUGUAUAGAGAGCGGAUAGGUGGGAAUUUCGCGUCGAAAAGAUAACGGGUGCGAUCGUACUGAAUCUUUCCGCAAUCGUAGAGACAAGCAAAUGUUUCCAAGUCAGGCUUAAUGAUAGCCGUCAUAUCUUUGUAUUUUGUCCAUACACCGAGAAUAUUUUGCUUUCGAAGCUCCAUAUACAGAAGAUGGUUCAUGAAGAAGGCAUUCGGUUUGAUUUGCGCAGUGUCGAGGCAGUCAAUCAGGUAGUUCGCCAUAUUUUCUUGAUCCCGCCGAGUAUAGUAUAGCAGCAAGAUAGAAAAAGUUUCUAUGCUUGCAGCGGGAACUGUUCGUUGCAUGUGUCUUGGAAUAACCACAUCAUUUGACGUGUCGUAAACAGAUGGCUUCUCUGGCAUAUCGUGCCACACUCGCUCGAUGCGCUCUUGAACCAUUGCCCAUGCAAGUCUUUCUGCCUUUUCCUUCGCAGUUGGGCUUCCUUCACGGAGCCACCCCCCUAUUAUGCCAUUCAAGUGCUUCGCAUCCGGCUUAAUACCUCGCUCAUACAUCAACUCCACUACAGAGGCGGCAGCAUCAACUUCGCCCAUUCCUAUCAGCUUUUUCAUCCAACUGGCAAAGAAAAAUUUGUUGUGAAAUUUGCGCGGCAGUAUAGUCAGAGCCGCAAGCGAAGCUUUGUUGACAUCGGCCGCAUUGAUGCUAGAGGAAUGAAGAUUGUCAUAGAGGCCAAGACUCGUCUUAAAGAGAGCUACAGAAUCCGAGGGUGACUGUUGUCCUGUAAGCAUCAUGUCCUUAAAAACCGCAAGGGCCAACUCCGUCUGGCCGGCAUUCAACAGACCGGUGCUAAUGGAGUCGUAAUCUUGCAUAUUUAUAUUGGGUCCCAGCAUAGUCUUGACCUGAAGGUAUAGAGUCCAAGCCAGCUCUUUAGCUUUUGGGGUGGCCUGCUCCGCCCACGAAGCAAUAACAGGUAUCAGUAUACGGGGAUCACGGGAUGCA